UCUCGAGUCUUCUCAGAAGAUCUAUUUUCAAUUUCAAUUUCAAACUGACAUAGGAUGUUUCCCACGAUCGCACGUGCAUGAUGUUUCUCAUUUCAAAUCGUUCAUACCUCCUUUUCUUUCUCGUGUCACUCCAUCCUUUGACGCGUGAUUCAUCAUUUGAAGACCUUGCACCGAGCUUGGGAUGGUAAGAUUUGCUUCCGUUUCAGCGUGGAUAUCAGUGGACGACGUGCCACUACCAGAGUUUGGCGAAGAGGUGUUCAACGCCGACAGGAAAGUGGCGUGUUGGAUUCCUUCAGAAACUGGCAAGAGAUUCUGCAUCAACUGGAAAUACGAAGAUUCGUUUCGGGUCGACUUUGCAACUGGAUGGGUAUACACCGACGGCAAAUUUGUCGCAGGAAGGGUUUCCGGUCCCGGACGAAACGAUGUCUGCGUGACAGGCGUCUGUACUUCAGCUGUAACUGUGCGGCCGAUAAUGUUUACGAGCCUAGAAUUGACUGACGACGAAGAGCUCCUACAUAAUUCAACGUUGUCAGAGUUGGGCGAGAUAAAGAUUGACAUUUGGUAUGUCCAAAAGCUAGCAUCUAUACCAUUCCGAGCCCCAGACUUUGGUGAGGUGGGGAAGAUCCACGAGCGUUCUAAGAAAGCUAUAACGCAUUGUGCUAAGGCUGGCGAUGAAAUUCCCACCACCAAGCCUCAGACUUUCAGCGACGUGAAGAAGGUGAACCACCUAGUCACCUUUACAUUCCGAUACCGACCUCUCGGAAUACUGCAAGCCAACGACAUCGCACCUCCACCCGAGCCCACUCCAGCGAGUCGUAAACGCGCUGCCUCUCCGCAUGAUGUAGUUGAUAUAUCUGACGAUGAUUCCGAUCAAGAAGACAACUCUUCUAGGAUCGCGAAAUUAGAGGAGGAGUUGAUUCAGUUGAGGAAACGAGAUGCCAAGAGAGUCAGGCCGGAGAAACGCAUCAAAAGAGAGGUGAAAUUGGAGCCCAACAUCACGUCAGGAGAAGUAAUCGACCUUACUUAAACGGACCACAAGCUACGGAAUAUCUUGAAUUGUAAUUAUAUAUGUAUGCUCGGGCUUCCAUCGUACCCGACAUCAUCGACAUCUUGUGGCUCUGUUUAGUGAAUAAUUUACUCUCUUUCGUCGAUCCCUUGUUCUCCUGAGGGUCAAUUCAGCGUCAUAUCCUUCAGUCAUAAGUCGAGCUGCUCGCAUUAUUGAAGAAAUUCACUC